AUGGCUUUGCUCGUGUUUUCUCUCGAUAUGAUCCAGGUCGGCGUCAACAUUCAUGAGCCAAGCGGCAACCACCGACUUGCCGUUCGCAGGAUGCAUCUCAGUCCUUCCGCUCUCGAACCAGUUGCGCAACAAGAGUUCGUCGCGGUAAUCGCGGCUCGGCUUCCUACAAUCCUUGCCGACGCGAUCGUUCUGGCAGUCACCUUGAGGAAGACAUGGCGGACUUACGCCACUGCCGCCGACGUUAAUAUGCGCACUCCCUUCGCCAGCACACUCAUCCGUGAUGGAACCGUAUACUUCCUUUCGUCCCUGGUCAUGAACCUUGCCGAAGUUCUGGUGUAUCAUUCUUUGGGCCAAGUGUACCUGCUACCCUUCAUCUGCUCGCUCACCGGGAUCCUCUUCACCCGCCUCUUUUUCGACCUGCGCGAGCUCGGACAAGCGGAAAGCAUUGCGCAGCUCGGCUUCUCGGAGUUCGAGGCCUCCGAGUACAACAUGAUCCCGAUGGCCUUCGCGACCACGAACGAUGAGAGAACCCUGGCUUGUCUUGAGAGCGGCAUCUUCGUCAUUGGCGCGACUGGCUAUAUCGGAGGCUCCGUCCUCUCCAGGUUUCUCUCGCACCCCAGCGCGAACACCUUCGAUAUCACAGCGCUUGUGCGCAGCGAGGAGAAAGCCAAAAAGCUCGAGCAGUUUGGCGUCCAUAGUGUCGUUGGUUCCUACAAAGAUACUGCACUGGUUGAGAAGCUCGCAGAGAACGCGCACCUUGUUCUCUCCUUGGCCGACGCAGAUGACCUCCCCGCUAUCCAGGCUAUUUUUAAGGGCCUGAGACAACGCCAUGCGAAGCUUGGCGAUCUCCCUAUUCUCAUCCAUACCUCCGGCACAGGAGUCCUGACCGAAGGCCAAGAGACCAAGGGAAUGGCAGCCACCGACGUUAUCUACGAUGACUCGGACUUCGAGCAGAUCGCCAAUAUCAAGCCGACCGCGCGGCACCGUGAUGUUGACAAUGCUAUCUUCGAGGCCGACAAGCAGGGCUACCUCAGGGCUUACAUUAUUCUGCCUAGUACCAUCUAUGGCAUCGAGAAGAACCCGCUGGUCGAUGCAGGCAUCCAGAACCCGUUCUCCAUUCAGAUCCCUAUGCUCAUCAAGGCUUCUCUCGCCCGCGGCCGGGCGGGCAUGGUAGGCAAAGGACUUCCGUUUUGGCCAGACGUCCACAUUGAUGAUGUCGCGGACCUAUACAUCAUCCUGUACGAUGCGAUUAUCACCAAGGGCCCCGAGAACGUUGAUCACGGAGUUCGCGGCUACUACUUUGGCGAGAAUGGCGAGCACACGUGGUACGGCAUUUCCAAGGGGAUCGGCGAAGCCAUGGUAGCGCUUGGUCUCACUAACGAUCCUGAGCCAACAACCUUCACGGAUGAGGAGCUCGUGAAGUAUUUCGGCUCUGUGGAUGAUGGCAACUACUCAGGUACGAACUCGCGUGCUCGUGCGACACACUCGAGAUCCCUUGGCUGGAAGCCGAAGUACACUACCCAGGACAUGAUUGCAAGCAUCAAGCCAGAGAUUGAGGCAAUUUUGAAGCAAAAGCCAACUCAGAAGUAG